ACCCCACUUCCUUCCACAGCCGGAAAAGAGAAAGCAGGAGCACCAAUUCGGCGCAUAGCCAAGCCAAGGAAAUGGCGCACUACCACCCCGUGUCCGCGGACACUUACCAAGACCUCGAGGCUGGCUUCUCCGGCCACUCCUCCUCCCCUCUGAAGCCCGCGGCCUCGCCGAGGCGGCCCGGCCGCAUGUUCUGCGACCCCUGCGACGACGGCGACGAGCUCCACGGCCGCCACCACUACCUCGACAUCUGCUUCCGGUGCCGUAAACUCCUGUCCGGCAACAGAGACAUCUUCAUGUACAGAGGUGACCUGCCGUUCUGCAGCGAGGAGUGCCGGCAGGAGCAGAUCGAGAUCGACGAGGCGAGGGAGCAGCGGCUGAAGCAGACGGGGCGGGCCGAGCAGCAGCGGCAGCGGCAGCAGAAGCAGAGCCCCCAGAGGAUCCCCAUCUGGGCGUGGUAGGAUGAGAAAAAUUUUGGGCGCCGGGAAAACGAACGAACGAACGUAGUAGGAUUUAGCUGCACCUCAAGAAGAACCCCCCAAGCAAGGGCGACGCGCUGCGUGUGGAAACAAACGCCCGUGGAUCACCGCCGGCUCGACGCAGGAGGAGGAAGGCCACGCGCCACGGCACAGGCCGGCAGGGCAGGGCAGAGAGCCCAUCCAACCGGCUGCUGCGUCUUUUUACCUUCGUUUGUUGACGAAACCGAAUGGCCUCCCUCCUCCUGAUCUCCGAAAGAUGGAGACGGAGGGGUUGGUUUGUGCGUGAGUUUUUGCACGGUUGCACGAGUGAAAUGGUGUGCGUGCUGAUCGCCGUGUAAACCCUGUCGAUACGGUAUGAAACAAGCGAGAGGCCUAAACAAGUCCCUCUCGAAUUUCUCGUCA